AUGGACGAUUCUUACGACGUUAUUAUUAUAGGCGGAAGUGCUGCAGGGUUGGCCGCAACUUUAGCAAUCGCACGUACUAUGAAGACUGUUCUAUGUAUAGACUCUAAAGCACCAUGCAACAGAUUCUCCAACCACAUGCACAAUUUUAUAGGGCACGAUGGAGAUACUCCACUUGAAUUCAAGUCUCAGGCUAAAGAGAAUGUAAUGAAAUAUAAGACAGUUGACUUAGUUGAAGGUGAAGUAAUUGACGUUGCUAAGUCUGAGAAAAGCUUUCAAAUUGCAGCAACCAUUUCCAACACCGAAAAAGCAUUACACCGGAAAGAAGAUAAUUUUUGCGUCGGGUGUUAA